GCGCCUCGCUCCCCGGUAAGCCCGGGCCGGACCUGCCCCGCGCCGCCAUGGAGCGCAUCGAGGGGGUGGCCGUGGGCCGCUGCGCCAGCUCUUCCUACAUGCGGCCGCUCACGCUGCACUACCGCCAGAAUGGUGUCCAGAAGUCGUGGGACUUCAUGAAGACCCAUGACAGCGUGACCAUUCUCCUGUUCAACUCUUCUCAGAGGAGCCUGGUGUUGGUGAAGCAGUUCCGGCCAGCUGUGUAUGCAGGUGAGGUGGAGCGCCGCUUCCCAGGGUCGCUGGCCCAUGUGGACCAGGACCAGCCCCGAGAACUGCAGCCCACGCUGCCUGGCUCAGCGGGGGUGACAGUUGAGCUGUGUGCUGGCCUUGUGGAUCAGCCCGGGCUCUCGCUGGAGGAGGUGGCGUGCAAGGAGGCUUGGGAGGAGUGUGGCUACCGCUUGGCGCCCUCUGAUCUGCACCAGGUCGCAACGUACAGGUCUGGAGUAGGACUGACCGGCUCUAGCCAGACCAUGUUCUAUGCAGAGGUGACAGAUGCCCAGCGAGGUGGGCCAGGAGGGGGCCUGGUGGAAGAGGGUGAGCUCAUUGAGGUCGUGCACCUGCCUCUGGACAGUGCCCAGGCCUUCGUGGACAACGUGGACAUCCCCAAGACCCUUGGCGUCAUCUUUGGCAUCUCCUGGUUCCUCAGCCAGGUGGCUCCCCGCCUCAAUCUCCAGUGAGACUCUGGGAUGGGGACUCAACUCAGAAGCAGAGUCCUGGCCACUCCCCCUCCUCUCUGCAGACCCAAUAAACCUUGUGCAGUUCUAA